GGACGGGCGAGUGAUUCGAUUGGCGGAUGCUUGUGCUUGAGUCUGGCCGUCGGAUCGGCCGCCUCCGUCAAAUCUAGCCCCUCUCCUCUUUGGCCCCGAGCCGACCCGCGUCGCCACAAACACAGACAGACGUGCUUACCCGCGCCACGACUGGUUCCGCCUACGCGGCAGACUCCGAGGCGUGCCACCGCGCUGCGCUCUGAUUGGUCGAGGCUGCGUCGACCAAUCAGGCCUCGCCUGAACCGGUACUCGAGGCAGAGUUGA